AUGCUUACUUGGUAUUUGUUGUUAAUAUUCGUGCAUGGUUCUUUCGCUGACGCCAGUAAAGAGCUCGAAGCUCUGUGGUCCCAAAAACUGCAAGAAACCGCACAAAAUCGUGAGCUGGUGAGUUUUGGCGGCCCACAGCGGCCUGCUUCGUUUUCCAGUAAUUCCGCCCGACUGUCGCUUCUCUUCCCGUUCUUAAACUACGUCGACGUCUUUUACGGAACACAAGCACACGGACACAUGUUUCCGGGCGUUUCUAUGCCCUUUGGUAUGUGCAAAAUGGGAGUAGACGUCUUGGACCCACAUCUGGGAGACUCGUACGCCGGAUAUCAGUACUCGGGAGAAAUUUCCGGAGUGUCCAUGCUUCACGAAUCAGGAACAGACGCCACCCCAAACUACGGGGUGGUUUCGCAGCUGCCGUUACUGGCAAAAUCACUUCACGAUAUUGAUACCACGGAACCAAUAUCGGCAGCGAGAUGUCGGCCCGAUGCCGGACACAUUGGUUACUACAAAGUGUGUUUGGAAGAUCGCAUUGAGGUCGAGUUUUCCGCCUCUCAUCGGUCUGGGCUUUACAAAUAUACUUUCCCUGUCAAUCGCCCGCUGAAACACAAGAACAGCCGCUUGCUGGCGCCUGUCAUUUUGGUUAACGUAAGCCACCAUCUUCAUUCAUUUCACAAGCCGUGGUUGUCGCAGGAAUUCAGAGGCGGAUUCAUUCAGGUGUCGAGAGACCUGAAAUCUUACCACGGGAAAGCUUACUUUUCGCAUGGCAGAAGUCCUGAGAAAUCUUGGAGCGUCAGCUUCUAUGGCGUUUUUGAUAAACCUGCAAAAAAAGUGCGUGUCUUCAAAGAUCACCACUCUCAAAGUGGAAUAAGACACUGCGAAGCAGAUGAAUCCACCUCUAAUCUAGGGGUACUUUUCGAGUUCGAAGUUGGGACUAGAAUAUUGCAUUCGCAUGUUGGUAUAAGUUUUCGAGACGUUCCCACUGCCUUGGCAAAUAUUCAUAAUGAUUAUCCUUCAAACCAUCUUUUUGAUCUGGAUUGGAGCGUCGAGAACGCAGUGAAUGCCUGGAAUCGCGAAGUUUUCUCGAAGAUAUCGAUGGAUGCAUCCGAGGAGGAUCCCAUUGUGGUUCAAAAGUAUUAUAACUCCUUGUAUGGCUCACACUUGAUGCCAGUUGAUAAAUCCGGUUUGGAAGCACCGUGGCUCAGCCGAGAGCCUUACUAUGACGAUUUUCCUUCCCUGUGGAAGGCUUUCCGCUGUUUGAUUCCCAUGUUCACAAUUUUGGACCGUACUAGGACCACUGAUUUCAUAAGAAGCUUGAUUGAUGCUUGGAGGCAUGACGGAUUUUUGCCGGAGGGACGAACAGCUACAUUGAAUACCAGAAUGGCCGGUGGGAGCAGUUCUGACAUUAUACUUGCUGACGCAUUUUCGAAAGGUAUCAAGCAUAGGAUUGACUGGAAGAUUGGGCUCCGUGCCAUGCAGACAAACGCAGAAAGAUAUCCACACCCUGGACACGGAAUGAAGGAUACACAAGGCCGCACUGCGCUAUCUGAUUGGUUAGAGUUUGGUUAUGUUACACAAGAAUUCUCGCGCUCUCUAACGAGAACAAUGGAUUAUGCGUACAACGACUUUGCCAUUUCAAUAGUGGCCAGGGGACUAGGUUUUAUCAAGACAAGUCACAAAUAUCUGAAAAGGUGUUCCAAUUGGCAGCAACUUUGGAAUCCAAGAGCGACUGCGUCGCAUGUCUAUUACCGCGGCUUCAUUCAGCCGAAAGAUCGUGACGGAGACUUCUACACCAAACACUAUGACCCAUUGUCAUGUUUUGGAUGCCAUUGGAAAGAUGACGCGUACAUGGCGAAACCCGUAGAAUACGGUUGGCAAGUACCUUAUGAUAUGAAGACACUAAAGGCGCUAAUUGGAUCUGAGAGUGUUUUCGUGGAAAGAUUAGACGACAUGUUUGGUCUUCGUGGACGCGGUUUUGCCGACAGUCUCAGCGAACCAAGCUUCAUGACGCCAUACUUGUACGACUUUGUUAAUUUGCAGUACAAGACAUCUGAAACUGUGGACUACCUCAUCGAAACAAAGUUCAAGCUAGGCCCGAAAGGUCUGCCGCGAUGCUCAGGAGCAGGGUCAAUGCAGGCCUGGUUAUGGUUUGCACUAUCUGGGUUUUUUCCAGUGGCAGGAACAGAUAUUUACCUCAUCACAAGCCCGAAGGUGUCGAAAGUUGAGAUCACCAUUGGUGAGUCUACUAAAGUUGUGAUAAUAGCGCAUGAUCUCUAUCGCGAGACGCACGGUUCGUCACCAUCCUACUCCACCAGAAACAAAUACAUCAAAAAUGUUAAACUCAAUGGGGAUUACAUAGAUCGCAAUUGGUUUACCCAUGAUGAGCUGUUUGGAGAGCACGGCGGCUUGCUUGAGUUUUUCAUGGCUCCUUUCCCAGUGCACUGGGAUCAAGAGGGCGAAUUACCACCGAGUCCGGGACACGUCAGCCGACGCCAUUAA